AUGGGGAGAGAGGACGAGCGUCCCCUUUUGCACGGACAGAGUGGAGGAAGAUGGGUGGGAGCUGUGGCUGGGUGUGAGAAGGGGGAGAACGAGUGUCCGUACCCGUGGAGCGAGCCGGGCGAGCGGAGAAGCCAGCUUAGGGAGAAGCGCUGGAGCGGCUGGAGUUGGGGGAAGUGUGCGGAGGAGCGGGAGAACAAUGACACACCAACUCCAGCGCGGCUGGUUUUCCGAAAUACUAGUGGGACAGUCUCACUGAGCCACCUUCUCUGCCCUGCCCCCACCCACAUCAGCUUCUCGCGCCCCCCUCCUCAUUCCAGCAGCCCGCAGCAAAAGAGUAAAUUCAAGAUUAAGUUUAAAGAAGAAAACAUCGUAGUCUUAGGGCUGUUUACCCACUUCCUCCGAAAAGGCGUGUGGUAUGACCUGUUGCUGCGAGAGGGGAUACAAAGGUUUCUCAGUGGCUGGCAGGCAGGCUGUGGGAGCCGCCUCCCCCUCCCUCCCCCCUGCCUCCCCAGCGCGGCCGGCGGCGCGGCAGGCCCCGCCCCCUUUCAUGCAAAACCCGCCGGCGAGGCUGGGCUCGAGUGGAGGAGCCGCCGCGCGCUGAUUGGUCGCUGGAAACCCAUUUAUUCCCUGACAGCCCCCGUCACAUGGAUGGUUGUCUAUUAA